GCCAGUGCGGCGGAGCCAAGUGGAAGGGGCCAACCACCUGCGAAGAUGGUGGCAAGUGUGUGAUGACCAACGAAUGGUACGCGCAGUGCGAACCCGAGGCAGCAGCCGAAGUCCCAGCUCCCUCGCCCGGCGCAGUGGAGGCCAAAGACGAGAAGCAGGAGCAGCCACCGCCGGAAAAGACCAUGGGGCCGCUGCCUUCCCGGCCAAAGCAGCCCGCACCAAAGACCUACGAGACUCUGAAUCCCAUCAUCGCCCGUGGGAACUUCCUUUAUGACUCUGUCACUGGAGACCGGUUCUUCGCCAAAGGCGUCGCAUACAACCCGAGAAACGAGAAGUAUGACCAUUCUUUUGGCCCUUCCGUGCACGUUGCCGGCUGGGUGGACAAGUGUGUGCCAGGAGAUCCCAAGGGAGGCUACUGGGGCUACACUGCAGACGUCGUGUCAGAUGAGAAAGAGGAAUUCUGGACAGAAGAUUUGGAAGCGAUGGCCAACAUGGGCGCCAACACGAUCCGCUUGUACAACUUGGAUCCGCGCUUGAGCCACGCGAAGUUCAUGAAGAAGGCAGCUUCCCUGGGCAUCUACGCGAUCGUGCCCUUGACGGGAAAGGACUACGGCUUCCUCCCAGCCUUCCCGGCUCCCGAAUGCUACACCAAGGACUUGGAAGACUAUGGCAACGUGGGCGUCAACCUGCUCGGCUUUGCAAAAACUCUGAUGAAAGAGUUCAGCCAGUACAACAAUACCUUGAUGUUCACGGCGGCCAACGAGCUGGCACAGCUGGACAAGAAUGGCUACUCGGCCUUCCCCUGUGUCAAAGCAUUCGUGCGAGAUCUUCACAACUACCAGGAAACGUAUCCUGGUGACGGAAAGGCCGACAACUUCCAGUAUUCGCCGUACAAGGAUAUCAAGCAGGAUUUCGAGGACUUUUCGGUGCCCUUCAUUUUCAGCGAGUUCGGCUGCAAUUUGGGCGUGUUCAAAACGAAAUGCCCCUACCCAGGUGGCCGUACAUGGCCAGAUGUGAAGCACUUCCUUGGUGAGGACAUGGGACAGUUCAUGAGCGGCGCCGUUGCUUUCCAAUGGUCCAUGGACAAGGAGGAGUAUGGCCUCACACUGUCUCCGGGAUUCCUUGCCGGCCAGGCCUCAGGGUUGUGA